AUGGCAACUGAGACGGAAAAGACCUUUGCUCUCCUUCAGACAUUUAGCACUCUUUCUAUCAUUUCUAGCCUUGGUUUAGGUUUAUUCUGCUUUAUAGCAGAUAGACUUUUUCAGUUUCCUUUCAUUCAGCAAAAUGACUGGCUUAGAGCACUCUCGGAUAAUGCAGUGCAUGGCAUAAUUGGAAUGUGGUCAUGGGCAAUAGUAAUUGGACUCAAGAAGAGGAAUGAUUUUGGAGAAAUAAUUUUGGCUGGAUUUUUAGCCUCCGUUAUUGAUGUGGACCACUUUCUUCUAGCUGGAUCUCUAUCUUUAAAGGAUGCUUUGAAUCUUCCACAUAGGCCUUUUUUCCACUGCUCUACUCUGAUACCUGUUGUGGUUCUGACACUAAAGUUUAUUAUGCACCUUUUCCGGCUGAAAGACUCGUGGUGCUUUCUUCCCUGGAUGUUAUUUAUAUCUUGGACUUCUCACCAUGUUCGGGAUGGAAUUCGUCAUGGCUUAUGGAUUUGCCCUUUCGGAAAAACAUCUCCGCUGCCAUAUUGGCUCUAUGUGACAAUCACAGCAUCUUUACCUCACUUAUGUUCAUUCAUUAUGUAUUUAACAGGGACCAGAGAAAUGAUGUCUAUAAAACAUGGAAUUCAUAUCGAUGUCUAA